UGAACAGGUAUUCAGUUACAGAUCUCCUUGACAUGUGUUUUUUAUUGAACAAUAUUUUUAUCAGUCUAUAAUUGUGUAUAGAAGAAAUUGGAGGUGCUUUAAUAUGGAGAGAAAAAAAAUGGGGAAAAAGUUCUUGGGGUUCAUAGUGAUAACAUGGAUGAUAUCAUCAUCUUCUGCAGCUCAGAUAACAUGUCAAUUUAGUGGCACAAAUUGCAACGUUGUCAGUACAACGGCAAUCACACGUCCAAAUGAAGUCAUUACAGUUUCUGGAAUGCCUCUUAACUAUGUUAAUACGGCUGUAAACAGUGUCAUCUUCAAAGACUUACGUUCAACAUAUGUCCCCAAUGGAAUUUGUAAAAUAUUUCCUAACUUAGGCGCUAUAAGCUUCAAUGGCUGCUCCAUAACAAAUUUAUUGAAAGAUUCAUUUUUGGGCUGUCCAAAUCUAGUCACGAUUUAUAUGGCAGGUCCCAAUGUUCCAAUUAUUCCUGCAGGAUUUACUCAGUCUAAUUUAAAACUUAUCAAUUUUGUUGUGAUGUAUGCAGACACUAUUAAAGUUGAAAGAAAUGCAUUGAUUGGAUUGACAAAUCUGCAACAACUUAUUAUGAGCAAUAACAAAAUUACAUGCUUGCCAUAUGACAUAUUCCAGAGUAAACCAAAUUUAGUAUCAAUUGAUUUCAGUAACAAUAAAAUUGCUGCACUUGAUCAGAAACUAUUUAAUAAUCUUCCGACUUUAAUGACAGCCAACUUUAAAUACAAUUUGAUUGCAACUUUACCAAAUUUUGAAUUAUUAAACACUGGAUCUUCAUAUUUGGUUACCACAUUGCAAAUGGAUUUUGAUUAUAAUCAAAUCAGAUCUAUUAAUCCAAAUAUUUGUACUAUUAUUGCAACAAGAUUAACAAAUCGUAAAAUGACAAUAAUCAAUAUUGGUGGAAGUCCGUGCACCCUUUAUAACAAUGAUAUAAGCCAAAUUAAUCCAAGCGCUUGUAAUGAGAAAAGAGUUUUAAAAGUUUGUUACUCUAAUUGGACACCAACUACAUAUGUUCCCAUACAAUGCUGAAUUAAUCAAAUUCACAAUAAAAAAAAUGUUGAAAAAAUUAAUAAAUAUAUUUUUGACUAAUUUUCA